GAAAGAGAAAGCAUUUUUAACCGAGUACUUACCUUUUAUAACUAAAAAAAGAGUACGUACGACCUUGUUCUAAGUAACUAACGUAGUAUCAACAACUACUCUACCUAGCCUAGCCAGCCUUGGCUGCCAAUAUUCUUCUUCUAGUUGUUCUUGAUUCGCCCUAGCCUUGGCUGCCAAUCUUCUUCUUCUAGACGUUCUUGAAUCUCCCUUAUUCUUAUUCCAAUCAGUCUUCAAAGUACUAGUCAAAAUGUUUGCUGGCGGUCCUUUCUUGAUGUAUCCGGCGGUUCCUCCCGCACACUUGUCCUUACAGCCGCCGCAGGGUCCUCUAGAAGUCGGGACCUCUCACAUGCCGCAAGCAUUUGCUGGAGGUACUAGAGGACUACUAUAAUUCUUCGUCAUGAAGAUGUCCACCAUGAUGAUGAUCUUCAACAUGAUAGCUUCUUACUACUUUUGGCUUUUGCUCAAGAACAGUUCUGCAUGUAAUCAAUGCCUUCUAUCUAUGUAUCUAUCUAUCUAUCUAUCUAUGUAUCUAUCUAUCUAUCUAUCCAUCUAUCUAUCUAUGUAUCUAUCUAUCUAUCUAUCUAUCUAUUUCUUUUUCCAUCUCUUUAUCCAUCUAUCUAUCUAUCCAUCUAUCUGUGGCCCUCGUCCUCAUAUUAAUAUUACACCUCCAGGUGAGGCCUCGUCCUCUAUUCUUAGGUGUAUAAUCCCUUCAUGCAAAAUAGUGAUACUAUACCAGGUCCAGGUGCUCAUCUGAUGGGAAGUUGUAACAGCUCGUCCGCGAGUACGAGGGAGCGGCCUCCGAUACAACUUAAGGAUUCUCUCUCUUGGUCUUGAGUAGGUACUAGUACGAGGACGAAGAACUAGAACUACUUUUAGCACUUCCAUCUUAUCACGACAACUUCUUUGAUUUGACGAGUAAGAAUGGGUCCUCCCAGUGAGAUCCAUUAUAUAUUAGUCGGUCUCGUCCUUUGAAUGAGUAAAAUGAACGACCUCCUCCAGUGAGAAGUGAGAAGUCCUCGGGGUCUUCUCUUUUUGUCGACCUUGUGCUAGAGAACGUCGAAGAACCCACUCUAAGAUCAUGCAGAGCAAGCCGCCAUUCCAGCAAUUUCAAUUAUGCACAUCAUGAUUAUGACCACUGCUAACACUAUGCAUCGUAGAACUUGUAGUCGUCCAUCAAUGGCUUCCACCUGUUCCUUGUUCGUCCUUCUUGUACUACAGCUUCACAUAGUAAAAAAGAAUCUUGAUCUUCUUGUUCCUUGUACAAGAACAGCACCAGCAGCAUACUUCUCUUCAUAUAAGAUGCCGGCUCAGCAGUUGCAAGCUCGUAUGCCAGCACCCCAGCUUUCGCAACCCGUGGGCCUCUCUCAACCGGUGCUGAGCGUUCCUGCGCGUGUAUUACGGCUUCGUCCCUUAAUGUAUGGUCUCCCGUUUUUUUGAGAGAAGGCAUUGGUCUUCAGAGAUGCGUCCAUCUUCAGUGGAGACGAGACAUUUACUCGUAAACUUGAAAUAAGCGAGUUGAUGAAAAAAUAAAAAAAGGGCUGCCUUUAUGAAAUUGAGAGGACCCCGGGAGAUCCGUCGAUCGUAAUGGCAGUUGCGCGCGCAGAGAUCUCCGAAAGUUUUUGUAUCUGCGCGUGGCGCUGGAGAUCGGGCGAUCUCCAGACCCUCUGCGCAGCCGAUCUCCAGACCCUCUGAGCAAGGAGUAGCACCUUCUGGGCCAGACAGAGCACGCCCCAGAAGCUCGGUCCAGAAGCUGGUCCAGAAGCUCUCGUCUCCACUGAAGAUGGACCGGGCCCAGAGAAGAUGGUUCCAGAGAAGGCAUCGGUCCAUCUUCAGUGGAGACGAGACUUCAAGGGGCAAAGGAUCUACUCAGGGUCAUGGUGAGCUUCGAGAUGGAUCAUCUUCCCUUUUCCUCGUGAAUGGGAACAUCAAUCAAUCAAUCAAUCAAUCAAUCAAUCAAUCAAUAGGGGGAGCGCUAAGGGUAAGCUUGAGGAACAGGAAUCCGGAGAUGAAUCCGUUUGGAUUGGACAGUAAAGGGUCAUCGAACCAAGGAGCCACAGGAGUCGCAAGUGAUGUAUGGAAGAUGUUUUGUGGUUUUUUACAUCCAUCUAGCCAAUUAAUCCCAAGUGUGUAUGGAACAAGAUGUUGUUUUUUAAAUCCUACAUGUAGCCGUUGUAGCCAGACCACAACCUCCAUGAAGAUCUUCGAGGCUCCAACUACCUUCGAAGAUACUUGUACGCUUUCAAUUAGAGAUGCUACACCCCAUGAGUGAGUACGGUAAUCAAUCAAUCUGGCUCUGGACGAGGGGAGAAAGUAGUUUUUUCAAAAAACUACAUAGCUUCUUCAUGAUAAAGUGGAGACGCGCGUCUGCAUUUUGCAACUUGUAGCAGUUCUGCUUCAUCUACUGCGCCAAACACAAUACAACCUGGUGCUAGCCGCGUACCUUCUACGAUAGUAGUACAGUUAAGGCUUGGUUUGGCGGUUGUAUCAAAAUUUCAACAUGCGUUAUUUAGAUAUUAUAAAUAUCAUGCAGUACUACCAGUUCAAUAUGGUAUAUCCUAGAUCCACCCCAAUUUAAAGGGCCUGGACAUUUUUGAUCCCCUUUCUACUUCUUUCAGGGUCAUGGUGGAGAAAAAACAUCACGUCAAAGACGUAGUAACCAGCAUGAUCAAGUUGAACAAAAAUUAGUUUAGGUAAACCCAUAACCUAUCACGAGUCGUUCUAUUCACCGUCUAGUAGUCUCUGGAUCAUCAUUUGUUGAGGUAAAAUGCUCUCAUCCCCCCCUUCCUCACUCCUGUUCUUUACAGUUCAAUCUAAUAGAAUCUGGCGUGGUAGGUGGAAGGAGCGUGGAUCAGACGUCUGGCGGUGGUCCUCUUGAGCACCACGCACUACAACAAGAUCGUGCAGGACCAUCACAGAUGGGGAACUUCGUUACGGAAAAAUAUCCAGCAGUUCAGGAGUUGUAUAUUCAACUUGUCAUGAUCAUGGGGAGUAGUAGUGCUUUGCUGUAGAGUUUCACUGCAUAUCGAGUUUGUACACCUGACUUGUUAUUUUAACUAGUUGCAGCACAUUGACCCUCCACCUAUUUCAAUCUAAGCUUACCGGAUUGACACGGAAAGCACUGGAGACACGAUUGCAAGCACUAGAGAGUGAGAACGAAAGUCAAGCUCUCGAAAUCCUAGAACUUAAAAAAAAGUUAUGUCCUCGUGGUCGUGGUGUUAUAUUUAUAGAAGAAUAGAAGUUUGAGAAGUUUUUUGAAUUGUAUGGUUCUGGUAUUUGGUAACCUGAAUUUGAUCAUAAGGGAAAACAAUCAUGAAUUCUAAGGCCUACCACGAGAAUGUUGCAAUGAUCCAAGGCUAGUACCUAGUUAAGGACACUACUUCUUUAACGCUCAAGAAUUAUGUUCCGCUUCUUGUUCUAACAAUUACUAUUUCACACCAUUUUUUAGCUACUUCUCUUAUCUUGUAGUUCCCAAGCCCAGAACAAGAGGGAAAUUAUGAAGAGUUUCUAAUUUCCCUGGCGGCUCGAGAGCAACAGGUACAAGAGCUGGCUGCAGCAAGGGGUGUGUCCACGAGACGGAACCACAGUUGAGGCAAACAAAAGAGCACACCCCGUACAGCAUCCUUGGCUUCUCUCCCCCUUACGAAAAGAGCCAAGGCCGCGUCUCCACCACUUUGGCUUUUUUCCUAAGGGGGAAGGAAGCCAAGGAUGCAGUCAGGGAUGCGAAUGCGGUAGCUCUAAGAUACCGCGAGUGGCCAGACUCUGCCUCCACCCUGCGCGAGUCCAUCCGAAGUUGAGGCUCUGCAUUCAUCUGAGACUCAGCAGCAGUUCAAUUCUCCGUCUCCUGCGGUUGUUGUACUUUAAUUCUCUGAAGAUUUUGCAGUGAUUUUAACCUUAUCAUGGACGACUACUGCUCUGCGGAGAGAUAUCUGUAGGAUAUAGGUCAUCUUCUUCUUCUUGGUUUCAUUCUUGAUUCAUUGUAGCUCUUGUACCUAUUAUUUCACAGAGUACGAGCUCGCGAGCGGGGCGGUCUUCGCGUAAUCGUGUCUCGACAGCAAAGCCGAUGGUACUCUUUAAGAAAUUCCUUAGAAGUUUUAUCCUCAUCCUUUUUUUUGAAUUUUUUUUGUGGAUCGAUGUACCAUGUUGCGUCUCAGACAGUCUUGGAUACAGCUCCACUCUAUCAUCUAGAAAUUGCGUCGACUCCUAGAAGCAGGUAUAGCUCAUCAUUAAUCUACUCUACUCAUUUUUUUAACCCCUUUUCCCUUAACUGAUGCUGUAAUUACCCCUCGAAUGGCUAAACUGCUACUACAACUACUAACCUGGUGAAUCUUUGAAGAUGUAAUCUAGUACUUCUACUAUACCUACUUGGCAACAACUUGUGAAUCUUACUUUGAAUCAUCAUUAUUUUCAGGCACCCUACACACCUCUCGAUGGGCGGGACCCGGUCGACAAUAGAUUAGCUGAGUUUUACAACAGCACAGGCAGUGCAGUGCCCUUUCUGCGGAUCAAUAAGGGCUUCUAUCGCUAUGGAAGGACUACGAUGGUGGAGCUCAGCAUUAUCAAUCACAAGCUCAUGGCGAAGACAGAGGUAUUACUAAAUUUUUUUCUUUUCAUCUCUCAACACAAUAACACGCUCUCCACAGAUGCAUAAUUUUAAUUAGUUGGUUUUUUCUUCCUUACCUCUAGACUGGGUACGCUACUACUAGUGCACUACGAAGAUUACUAAAAAUACUACUAGAGAAAGAGAAAGGUUUCCAUGGUUACACAUACACUCACUCUCUACAGGACGGCUGGAACCACGGAAAAUUUGGCGCAAUUGAGAAAUUCAUGAGCACCUACGAACCAAUUGAACGAGAGCGGUUGGGGCUUGUGUGAACACCUAACCUAGCCAUAUUGGUUGUUUUCCUAGCGGGGAGGCGCACACCUAACCUAGCCCUAUCGCCACAUGCUGGCUUCGGCCGGGCGGUUCUAGUUUCCGAUGUUUGAAGGUAAAAGCUCGUCGGUUGAUAUGACUGAGGUUUUUCCGCCGAAAUUAUGUGUUACUCCCCGAGUCAUGCCAAUUGAACGAGAGCGGUUGGGACUUGUGUGUAUCUUAGAAUGUAGAACGUAGUAGAGUAGCGCCACCAGCUCUAGGUCGUAUUCUUGUUUUUGGCUCUUCAGUAGCCAACUACGUCUGCUAGUUUUCCUAGCGGGGGGGCCCACACCUAACCUAGCACUAUCGCAAACGUCAGACACAAGAUGUGAGCGCAGACCGAGAAAAUUGACGGAUUUUGUUUGUGAGUCCCACCUCUAUGAAAGCAAGGUCGUUAAAAAAGGGUUAAGAGUUAGAUUUAGAUUUUAGAUUUAAAAGGAGAAAGUACAUGAUGAUGAUUGAAAACUACGAAUCGGGAAACAGCAGAGUAGAGACUGUUCGCGUGUUCUCCAGUCCUUGCUGUCAUGUCACUUCAAGUUUGAAGCAUGCGUACUAGGUGUUGCCAUGCGUACUAGGUGUGCCUCCAGUUGUAUCAGAGGUCAACUUCAUCUGCAAGAACAAGAGGCAGCGAUGAAAAUCUGAC